AACCUUGGUGAGCCAGCAUUUUGGAAGCUUGCUGCUGCCCAUGUUGUACCUGUUUGGUGGAUAAAUAAGGGAUUUCCAUCUGAAGGGCUGACAAUCGGGCACUUUUCUUUGGGUUCUCAAGACAGUCUGGAGUUACCUGAAGCUGAAGCAUCUCAGCGUUGGGGGUUGGCUUUAGUUGAACGGCAGUGUGUUCCCUGUCUCUUGCCCUUACUGGUUCCGUUCCCUCCGUUCACAGUGGUUUUCGGGCAGUUCGCCUUCUUCCAGACAGCGCUCAAUGAUGUCAUCGAAGUUCACGAUGGACCCAACCAGCACUCCCGGCUCCUCAGCUCGCUCUCCGGCUCUCACACAGGUGAAUCAUUGCCCUUAGCCACCACCAAUCAAAUCCUCAUCAAGUUCAGUGCCAAGGGUCAAGCAACUGCCAAAGGAUUUCAUUUUGUCUACCAAGCGGUUCCUCGCACCAGCGCCACACAAUGCAGCUCCGUGCCAGAACCCCGCUACGGGAGGCGGAUUGGAAGUGAUUUCGCUGUCGGGGCCAUUGUCCGAUUCGAGUGCAGUGCCGGAUAUGCUCUCCAGGGCUCCCGGAGUAUUGAAUGCCUGACUAUGCCGGGAGCGUUAGCUCAGUGGAAUGUCUCCGUGCCUACCUGUCUUGUGCCUUGUGGUGGAAACUUGACUGAGCGUAAAGGCACCAUCCUUUCCCCUGGCUUCCCUGAGCCCUACCUGAAUAGUCUCAAUUGCGUGUGGAAGAUAACCGUCCCUGAAGGAGCAGGAAUACAGAUUCAAGUGAUCAGUUUUGUCACUGAGCAGAACUGGGAUUCCCUGGAAGUGUUUGAUGGAGGGGAUAAUACAGUCACCAUGCUGGGAAGUUUCUCUGGUACGACGGUGCCUGCUUUGCUGAACAGCACUUCGAACCAGCUCUAUCUGCAUUUCUACUCCGAUAUCAGCGUGUCCGCCGCAGGAUUUCACUUGGAAUACAAAACCGUCGGCCUGUCCAGCUGUCCGGAACCUGCAGUGCCUGGGAAUGGCCUGAAGAUUGGAGAGAGGUACUUGGUUAAUGAUGUCGUCUCCUUUCAGUGUGAGCCAGGCUAUGCCCUCCAGGGGCACUCACACAUUUCCUGCAUGCCGGGGACCGUCCGGCGCUGGAAUUAUCCACCUCCACUUUGCAUCGCCCAAUGCGGUGGGACCGCAGAAGAGAUGGAAGGAGUGAUCUUGAGUCCUGGGUUCCCAGGAAACUACCCCAGUAACAUGGACUGCAGCUGGAGGAUCUCUCUGCCCGUAGGGUUCGGCGCCCACAUCCAGUUUCUGAACUUCUCCACCGAGCCGAACCACGAUUUCAUUGAAAUCCGGAAUGGACCGUACGACACCAGUAACGUGAUUGGCAGGUUCAGCGGCACUGAAAUCCCGGGCUCCCUGCUGUCAACGUCACACGAGACCACCGUGUACUUCCACAGCGACCAUUCACAAAACAAGCCAGGGUUUAAGCUGGAAUACCAAGCCUACGAACUCCAAGAGUGUCCUGACCCUGAGCCUUUCGCGAAUGGCAUUGUGAGAGGAGCCGGUUACAAUGUUGGCCAGUCUGUAUCUUUUGAGUGCCUUCCUGGAUACCAGCUGAUUGGCCACCCAGUCCUGACGUGUCAGCACGGCACCAAUAGGAACUGGGACCACCCACUGCCCAGGUGUGAAGUCCCAUGUGGAGGAAAUAUCACCACCCAGAACGGCACGGUCUACUCCCCGGGCUUCCCCAACCAGUACCCCAAUUCCCAGGACUGCACCUGGCUCAUCACGGUGCCUGCAGGAUAUGGGAUUCAUCUCAACUUUACACUGCUGCAAACGGAGCCCUACAAUGACUUCAUCACCAUCUGGGAUGGACCACAGCAAACAGCCCCACAGCUGGGCAUGUUCACGGGGAACUCAGUGAAGAAAUCUGCCCAAAGCUCCUCCAACCAAAUCCUGAUGAAAUUCCACAGUGACGCAGCCAACGGAGGGAUCUUUGCUAUCUAUUUCUAUGCCUAUCAGCUCUUCAAAUGCCACCCUCCGACCAUUGUUCCCAAUGCCGAAAUCAUCACCGAGAAUGAAGAAUUUAACAUAGGUGACAUCGUGAGGUAUCAGUGCCUCCCCGGCUUCACCCUGACCGGAACGGAAAUCCUGACGUGCAAGCUGGGGACUCAUCUCCAGUUUGGAGGGCCGCCCCCGACCUGCGAAGUGCACUGCCUGAUGAACGAGGUUCUGAUGGACUCCACCGGCGUGAUCCUCAGCCAGAGCUACCUGGGGCGUUACCCCCAUUUCCAGACCUGUUCCUGGGUGAUCAAAGUAGAGCCCGGGUACAACAUCACCCUCGCCAUCGAGUACUUCCUGAGCGAGAAGCAGUACGACGAGUUCGAGAUCUUUGAUGGUCCCGCUGGCCAGAGUCCACUGCUGUUGUCUCUAAGUGGGAAUUACUCUGCUCCUCUGACUGUCACCAGCACUGGGAACAAGGUCUAUCUCCGCUGGUCCUCCGACCAUGCGUACAACAGAAAGGGCUUUAAAAUCCGCUACUCAGCUCCUUACUGCAGCCUCCCUCCGCCCCCUUUCCACGGCUCGAUUCUCAGCCACACCGGGCUGCAGCCAGGCAGCGAGAUCCGUUUCGGCUGCGACGCGGGCUACCGUCUCAUUGGCCACAGCGGCACCACGUGCUCAAGGCACCCUCAAGGCUACUACCACUGGAGCGAAGCGGUUCCUCUGUGCCAAGGUGGGGAGAAGACAAAUGAAUUCCUGUGGGGACUCCCAAUCCCCGGAGCUCUCCUCAGUCUGAGCUUGGAUGAAGCGCUGGCUUGCUUGGGGGCAUGGGCUUGGUAGAACUGCACUGCCC